AUGUGUACACUCAUUUUGUUUCAGAUUAGUUUAGCUAUUGCUGUUGCCGGCGGCGUCGAUCUGGCUACUCGGUUGAUCAUUGGUUGCUUGUCUGACCGGCCGAGCUGCAUGGGAAAGCGCGGCCUUUUACUAGCUGUUACUUGGAUUCUGGAAGGCAUCAAUUCUUUUGCUUUUGCCGAGCUUUCCAGUCUUUCUUGGGAUCUCACCCCAACAGAAGUUAGUUGGCGCCAUAUGAUUAGUCUUAGUGACAUAUUAUUAUGGCUCUAA